GUGAAAUAAAACUUGAAAUUCGAGUUCUAGUGGAAUUAGUCAAUUGCAGUGGAAGAGAAUUCGAUAUAUAUUGAUCACGACGCUGCACAAAAUCUUCCAAAAAAAGGGAAGGCGAAAUCAUGCAACCGAUCAAUGCGGUGGCGCUGCUGACCAUUGUGUAUAGAAAAGCCGCCGGCGCCGCCGCCCUACCGACGGCGGAUAUAGAUUUCGGCACGUUUACGUGGUUCACUUACGCCGGAAUAUCAUGCUUCCUGGUGAUCUUCGCCGGAAUAUGCUCCGGCCUCACGCUGGCCCUCAUGCCGUUGAGCCAAGUCGAGCUCGAGGUCCUCCGCCGCAGCGGCUCCCCGUCGGAGAAAAAACAGGCUGCUGCAAUAAUUCCGGUUGUUCAGAAGCAGCACCAGCUUCUCGUGACAUUGCUUUUAUGCAAUGCUGUUGCAAUGGAGGCGCUGCCGUUGUACCUGGAUAAGAUGUUCAAUCCAUUUGUUGCCAUUAUAAUGUCUGUGACUUUUGUUCUAAUUUUUGGAGAGGUUAUUCCUCAAGCCAUAUGUGCUAGAUAUGGACUUGCUGUUGGUGCCAACUUCAUUUGCGUCGUUCAAGUAAUGCUGGUUAUAUGCUACCCUAUUUGUUACCCAAUUGGGAAGCUGCUGGACUGGACGCUCGGGCACAGCGAGCCACUCUUCAGACGAGACCAGUUGAAGGCCUUCGUGUCUAUUCACGGAGAGGAGGCAGGGAAAGGUGGUGAACUCACACAUGAUGAGACCACUAUUAUCAGUGGAGCACUAGAUUUAACAAAGAAGAUUGCUGAGGAGGCCAUGACGCCGAUUGAGUCUACAUUUUCGUUGGACGUGAACUCAAACUUAGACUGGGAAGCUGUAGGCAAGAUCAUAACGAGUGGCCAUAGUCGAAUACCUGUCUAUCACGGGAGCCCAAGGAACAUCAUCGGAGUUCUACUGGUUAAGAGUCUGCUUACAGUUAGACCAGAAACAGCAACGCCAGUGAGCGAUGUUUCCAUACGCAGAAUCCCUUGUGUUCCAGCAGAUAUGCCUCUGUACGACAUACUCAACGAGUUUCAGAAAGGCAGCAGUCACAUGGCUGCUGUGAUGAGGGCGAAGGGGAGUAGAACGAGGCCUUCGUUUUGUGAAGCUAGGGGCGAGAACUCAAGCACGGAGUCGAGCCUGACCACUCCGUUGCUGUCAAAUAGAGCAGAGAAGCCGGAGAGCAUAGCUAUUGAUAUCUACCCGGACCCAAUGCCGCCUCUCAAAAGUAAGACGAGUGAAUUAGAAGACGGAGAAGUUGUUGGAAUCAUCACUUUGGAAGACGUAUUUGAAGAACUUCUGCAGGAGGAAAUUGUGGAUGAGACCGAUGAAUUUGUUGAUGUGCACAGAAGAAUACGCGUGAUGGCAGCUGCAGCAGCUUCUUCAUUGGUGCAAUCUCCAUCAUUUAGGAGGCUAGCUAUGCAGAAAGGAGUUUAUAAGCCGGGAUCAACUCCCAGAAAAUCGGCUGAGCUCGGCUCCCCUGCAGCGUCGUUUCUAAGAAGCUUCGGAGACACACUUUCUGCAAAUAUGAGAUGAAGGGAGAGAGAAAGAGAGAGAAGGGCUGCUUCUGCUUGAGUUCAUUUUGUUGGUUGAGACAGUAGCUGUAUAUUCUAAUGUUUGGUACAUAACAAGUACUCAUGUUUGGUCUUGAUUUGUAAUUGAAUUAAUUGGAGUUUGACAAAUGGUUGAAUAUUCUUGAUUUAUAUCAUCAUACAGUAGAGAAACAGCUAGCUUAUCCAAUUCCAGCAAGAAACGAUUGACAUCAUUGUGUUUUUGGUGAUGAUUGUAUUCGAUUAAAAUCAUUCUAUUUGCAGAAAACAAGAGUGAUUUUGACACAUAAACGAUAAUAUUAUGCAAUCUUAUUCAAUGUACAAAAUUUUGGGUGCUAUUCAUUUCCUACUAGACUAAUCCCAUUUCACCUUUACAUGAUCAACAUAUUCUAUGCAUCACAUCCUCAAAAACAAACAAUUUUCCAUCUUCUUCUUCUUCAUCUUAGUCCUCGAAGCUCACGCCUUCGAGCUUCAACCGUAUGAGGAUGACGGAGCACCUCCACAUGAUGUGGAGGCGCGUCCUCUGCUCUUGGAAGUAGCGCGAGCACUUGUGCCACGUCCGGAGCUUCUCCCGAGCUAAGCCCAUCGUAGUAAUAAUGGAACUCAGAUGAUGACGACGACGACGAUGGUGGUGGUGGUGGUGGUGAUGAAUGUUGGGAAUCUUGAAUUCAAGAAGUUGAUGAAUGUGAGAG